UUUUUUAUGCCGUCCGCGGCGCACAAAGAAUUUGACCAAUAAUAGAGCAGGCCAAGGCUACGAAACGAGGUGCUGCACGGAACCGCGAAUCGGGGGUGAUCCGAAUUCCGUCUCUCUGCCUCUCCCUCCUUCCGCCUCCAUUUCACCGAUCCCCGCCGCCGCACCGUCUACGCGCUGCUGCUGUGCCUCCUCCCAUUUCCCUCCGACGCUUCCCGCCUUUGAUCCCUGGCACGACUCGAACGAGUUUGAUUCGUUCGCCGCGUCGUAGGCAUCUAAAUGCUUGUAGACCGUUUCUUCUCCUCAUGGUCUUUACCACCAUCUCCCAACCCCGUUCCAUCUCCCACCUUCUAAAGCUCGUCUUAAACACCCGCGUUUCUGUCCAUCGCGCUUGCUUGCGCUAUUCUCUCAAUCAAAAUCCGAACUUUACAACUAACCAGGCCUCAUUAUCAACACACGGCCUCCUCUCCCUCUUGGAAAGAUGCAGCACGUUGGACCAAGUGAAGCAAAUUCAAGCUCAGAUGAUCCUUUCCGGCAUGAUCUCAGACGCAUUUGCUGCAAGCCGCCUCAUUGCUUUCUGUUCUUUUGCAGACCCUCGCAAUCUUGUCUAUGGCAGUAUGAUCCUUAGAAAGCUGGAAAACUCGAAUGUCUUCUCUUGGAAUGUGGUAAUUCGAGGAUACUCUGAUAGCGAUGACCCUGAAGAAUCGAUUUUGUUUUAUAAAUUAAUGCUUAAUAGCAAUGCUCGGCCCGACAACUAUACGUAUCCAUUCUUGUUCAAGGCUUGUGCUAAAAUGGUGGAUUUUCAAUUGGGGAUGGAGGUGUUUGGUCAUGCUUUUCAAUUGGGUUGGAGCUCCGAUGUUUAUGUGAUCAAUGCAUUGAUUCAUAUGUUUGCGAUGGGUGGUACUUUAGAAGAUGCACGGAAAUUGUUUGAUGGAAGUUGUGUGAGAGAUUUAGUUUCUUGGAAUACUAUGAUUAAUGCUUAUGUUCAAAGUGGAUGUCCUAGAGAAGCCUUGGAACUCUUUCGAGAAAUGGAGGUGGGGAAGGUUAGGCCUGAUGAGGUGACGAUGAUAGGACUUGUCUCAUGCUGUACCAAAUUACAAGAUUUAAAUCUUGGAAAGCGAUUUCAUCGAUACAUAGAAGAAAACGGGAUAAAUUUUACAGUUCCUUUGACUAAUACACUUAUGGAUAUGUAUGUAAAGUGUGGGAGUUUAGAGCCAGCACAAGCAUUGUUUGGUAGAAUGACGAAGAAGACAGUGGUCUCAUGGACUACAAUGAUCGUUGGAUAUGCAAAAUUUGGAUUGUUGGAUGCUGCUGAAAGGGUUUUUAGAGAGAUGCCUGAGAGAGAUGUCAUACCAUGGAAUGCUUUGAUAGCUGGGUAUGUUCAGUGCAAGAGAGGUAAAGAGGCAAUAGCAUUGUUUCAUGAGAUGCAAGCUAUGCAUGUAAAGCCCAAUGAGGUCACCAUGGGUACCCUUCUGUCAGCAUGCUCCCAACUUGGAGCCUUAGAAAUGGGGAUGUGGGUCCAUCAUUGCAUCAAUAAACAUGGCUUCCACUUAAAUGUUGCACUGGGGACUGCUCUGGUGGAUAUGUAUGCAAAGUGUGGGAAUAUUCAGAAGUCAAUACGGGUAUUCAAAGAGAUACCUGAAAGAAAUGCACUAACUUGGACGGCUAUGAUUUGUGGUUUGGCCAGUCACGGUUAUGCAGAUGAUGCAAUCAAGCACUUUUUAAAGAUGACAGAUAUUGGGUUACAACCUGAUGAGGUUACCUUUGUAGGGGUUCUAUCAGCCUGUUGUCAUGCUGGUUUGGUUGAUGAGGGUAGGAUGUUCUUUGACCAAAUGACGUCAAAGUAUAAACUUGUGCAGAAACUGAAACACUAUUCAUGCAUGGUGGACCUUUUAGGUAGAGCUGGCCUCUUGGAUGACGCAGAAGAACUGGUGAAGGCUAUGCCUAUGGAACCUGAUGCAGUGGUGUGGGGUGCACUGUUUUUUGCGUGUAGGAUUCAUGGAAAUAUUGCCAUGGGUGAAAGGGCAGCCUUGCAGCUACUCGAGUUGGACCCACAUGACAGUGGGAUAUAUGUGUUGCUAGCAAAUAUGUAUGGGGAGGCAAACAUGAGGGAUGAGGCUGAUAAGGUGAGGGUGCUGAUGAGGAAGAUGGGAGUAGAGAAGACUCCUGGGUGUAGCUCGAUUGAAGUGAAUGGCAUGGUUCAUGAAUUUAUUGUGAGAGAUAAAUGUCACCCAGAGUAUAAGGAGAUAUACAAGUGUUUGUUGCAUCUUGCAAGGCAAAUGGAACACCAAGGAAGUAUGCCUCGCACAUCUUAGUUUGCUUCUACUCUAAGCAGAGAUGACUCUUAAAGCUGUGACAUGAAAUCUUCGUCAUUGCUCUAUUUGCUUGACCAAUGAGGGUACUAUCAUGCCUUUGAGAAGAACACGGAGCCAGUUUUGAAACACUGCCUCACGAACCAGCAAACUGGAUUUAAUAUGCCACCAAAAGCAAUGCUAAUCCAAGGAGCCUGCCCAAAACUGGGUUGAAAAGAUUUUGCCAUCCUUUCAUGGUCAAAAAGCCUCCUUGUGAGUAUUACACUAUUACUGAAUAUAGAGCUCAGAAGCACAAGGCUAAAGAGAGGAGGGAUUUCCUCAUCAUUAGUAUUACCUAUAUAGGAUCACUUGACAUGGAGAAGAACACAGUGGAGAUUCUUCACAACAGAAUGGUUCAAUCAAGUGUUGAUGGAGGGGCUUUUUGUGCAGACAGGUUAUGGUAGGAAAAGCAUGAUGAUGCAUUGGGAUGAGGCAGUCAAAGUCCAUGGCACGUCAAAAUGUUGGAGUUGUGUACGAUCCUAAGGCAAACUCAUGUUCAUUAGGUGAUUGCUUUUGGCUCUUAAAGUUUUUUCCUUUUAAACAAACCAUUAAAUUGGACAAUAACUUCAUUCUGCAGUUGUUCUUUUAUAGUGUAUUUGUGAAUGACUUUUUCCUGCUAUACCAUUUAAUCAUUGUAAAUUUUGGUCUGCUUUUGAGAAUAAUUUUCAUAAUUUUAUUUUAAUAUAAGGAAUGUGGAAGACAUUUUAAUAUAGCAUCUCAUAUUUCCUAUAAAUGCUUCCAAGAAAGAUGGCAUUUCACUAGUGGCAAUUGUGAAAUGUUUUUGACAGUUCCAUUAUUCCCUAUGAGCCAACUAUCAAAUAAGCCAGUCUCUGAUCUUUCAUUGGUCAAUGAGAUUUUUCAUUUCCAUGCAUGCAGACCGUAAUUUCUCUUUUCUUUCUCCAGGUUUGCUAUACAAAAACUUCAAACUUGCCGAUGAUGUAUUUUUCCAUCAUUGUAGAGGAUUACUUAAAAUGAGUGAAGGAUCAUGAUGAGCAAAUCAAUUUUCACAAAUCUUGUAAGCAGUAUAGAUUUU